AUGAAGUCCAGCCAUUGGCUAUGGUACGCUUGUGGCGCUGCCAAGAUCGUCAAGACAGCUGGGCUAGAUGUGGAUAACCUCGACCACGAUACAGCUGCUCUUGUGGGAUGGGUACACUACUAUAAUACUUUAUCUAGGUUCAGUCUGCGCCACUGGCAGCCACAUGUCACUCUCGAUGCUGACGACGCUGCUGACUCAUUUCACCCGGUGGUAUGCGGCAACGGUCAAAACAUGAAGCCAGAAUCUCUCACUGGCGCACCUCAUGAGAUACUAUAUCUCUUGUCAGAAGCAUUCAACACUGUGACAGUGCCGUCCGACCCGCGUUAUGAAACGAAGGCUCAUAGAAGCCAUCUUGAAAUCCUGGAUUGGAAGCUGCGCAACCUCGAGAAGAAAGUACCCGACAGCAACUCUUCUGCUGAUACAAAACAUCCAGAAUUUGAUCUAGUCGUCGAGCUGUACCGUCUAUCCACCCUGAUCUAUCUGAGAAGAGCAUCUGCUGGAAUACUUCCACUGGAUCAAAAGUUCACAACAUGGGUUGGACAGGCGUUUGGGUUGCUUGAACAACUACCUGCCUGUCAAUGGCCAUUCCCUUUGCUCAUUUUUGGCUGCGAGGCAGAAAGUGAUAGGCAAAGGAUGAUUAUUCUGGAUGUUAUGGAGAGGACGACUAAGAACUUGCAGUAUCGAAAUAUUGCAACUGUUAAAGGUGUUAUACAAACGGUCUGGGUGCAAAAGGACUUGUACGCGGAAGACAUGAAUUAUGUGAGGAAGUUGGGUGUUAUUCUGAGCUCGACUCAUAAGUCGGUACCAGCCUUUAUAUAA